CCCUUCCCCAAACCCUUCGCCGGCUUCCACAUCGCCGAAUUCCUCCGCCGGAUCAACCACUCCCUCUCCCACACCCUCACCCACUUCUACCCACUCGCCGGCCGCCUCGUCACUUCCGAUUCCCCACACGACGACGGCUCCUACGUCGUCUCCAUCGACUGCGCGAACAGCCCCGGCGCCCGAUUGAUCCACGCCGUCGCAGAUCUGACAAUCUCGGACGUCCUGUCACCGACCUACGUCCCCGUCGUCGUCCAAUCGUUCUUCGACCACGACCGCGCCAUCAAUCACGACGGCCACACCAUGUCCCUCGUCACCAUCCAAGUCACCGAGCUAAUCGACGGAGUUUUCAUCGGGUGCUCCUUCAAUCAUGUCGUCGGCGACGGGACCUCCUUCUGGAAUUUCCUCACCGCGUUGUCCGAAACGUAUCGAGGAAAAACCCCAAUUUCCCGACCCCGGGUGAACAACCGGUGGUUCCCCGAAGGCUGCAACCAAAUAAUCCCUCAACCCGCGGAUCAAAUCCCUAGCCGCUACGAAUCUCCCAAACUCCUCGAGCGAUUCUUCCAAUUCACAGACUUAGAUUCCCCAAACUUCUCCAGCUUGGUUUUUCGAUUUUCCUUCCGGAGGAAGAAGAGAAUCGAGAGAGAGAGUAGGGACAGAGAGAGUCUGGGAGGGAGAGAGAGAGAACGGAGGGGAAGAAGAAUCGAGAAAUGGAGGGGUUAG